AACAAAUAUGGCUACGACCAGAUGACAUUCUCCUGAAAAUACAAGUUCUUGAACAACGAAUGAUAGUUUAAAUCCAGUCAUGGGUAGCAGAACAGAAAGAGGGCCCGAGACUUCUGCGCUGUUAUUGAAGAAGUUAUGCAUGAAAUUGACGGGGCUAUCAGAUGAUUCCAUUUUGCCAGUGUUACAGCAUUCUCUAAAGAUCAUUGGAAGUAAUUUUGGAUCUCCAGUUGAAACAAAUGAAUUUCAAGUUGCAGAAAAAAUCAAAAGAAAAUUGGUUCGGAAAGGCAGAGAGAGAGAUGCAGCCAUCUUUUCAGACCUACACAGGAAACUUCAGGCUCAGGGUUUACUGAAGCAAAGAUGGGCUGUCCUGUAUCUUCUGAUGUCACUUAGUGAUUCUGCUAAUGGACCAGCUGCAAAGCCUACAGUUAAUGGUACUUCAUUGUUUGGAUCUGGCUUGCCCUCUCAUGCUACCUCCACGCCGUUCAAUCCUGCCCUACACAGAUACCCUCCCCCUCCCGGGAGUGUUGGGGAGGUGACGACGUUACACUCCGUCUCUAACACCACUGGCAGUAGUGGGAUCAGUAGCAUCCGUAGUGACCUCAACAAUAGUAAUCCUACAGUUCCUCACUCAUAUAUGCCAGUGACGACAUUCAACUCUGUUGAACUAGACCGGACUGGUAGCAGUCGAACUUUGGGAUCUCGUUUGGCUUCUACCCUAACAAGACAAGAAAAAUCAAACACAGCAUUAGUGCCGAGCAGGGACAAUCGACGUAAUAAACCUGAAACCAAUAUAUUGGUUCUCCGAGGAGAUAAAACAUCAUUUGAGCUGCCAGAAGCAGAAUUGAUCAAAGAUCUUGUGUAUGCUUUCCAAGGGAUUGAGGGAAAAUGGAUUAAAUUUGAUUCCUCUAAAGAAGGCUACCGAAUAGACUCACAGGCUGGGAUUCCUAAAGCAAUACGACAGUUAGUCAGUAAGCUUGCCGAGUGUGGAUGGCUGUAUUCUAAAACCAAGGACUAUAUCCAGACGAGAAGUGCCGACAAGACAUUUGGAUUAGUUGGACAGAGUUUUUGUGCAGCAUUACACCAGGAACUGACCGAGUACUACAGGCUGAUUGCUGUCCUGGAGGGGCAGUUAAACCAAGGAGAUAUAGGUCUGAUAUCACCAGAGGAGAGUUCGAUCACGCUGAGACAGUUGGUGGUGUGGACAUUUGAUCCACUCUUACGACUUAAGACGCUAGCGACAGUGGUGGACGUAUGUCGAGGAAAGAAGGGUGGAGCUCUGGCCUCGUCUUUGUAUUCCUACAUGCAACAUGGAGACCCGAACAUCAAGGCCCUUAUCAUGCAUACCUUAACCAUGGUUUCACAGCCAAUCUACUCCACACUGAUACGCUGGAUAUAUGAUGGGGAACUGGAGGACACCCAUGACGAGUUCUUUGUGGCCUCUGACCCGACGGUGAAAAACGACCGAUUAUGGCAUGAUAAGUACACUCUGAGGAAGUCAAUGAUCCCAUACUUCAUCACGAUGGACCAGGCAAAAAGGAUACUCAACACAGGUAAAUCAAUCAAUUACCUGAGACAGGUGUGUCAGGAUCGGACACCCACCAAAGGUCGCGAGGUUGCUAUGAUCAUGGACAACACCAAAGCCGGUGAGAUGUUUAUGCAGGACACAAUAAGUGAAUUCCAGCACAUGAUUGACACUGUGUACAAGGAGACAAGUCGCCACCUCCUCGAUACCCUACACAACAAGUACAAGUUUAUGGAUCAUCUCAAGGCAAUGAGACGGUACUUACUACUGGGACAAGGAGAUUUCAUUCGGCAUCUGAUGGACCUACUAGAAGAAGAUCUUGCCAAGCCAGCAGGGAACUUGUACCUCCAUAAUCUGACUGGCAUCCUUGAGACAGCCAUUAGAGCCACUAAUGCACAGUUUGAUGAUUCUGAUAUUCUCAAGAGGCUGGAUGUCAGACUUCUGGAGGUAUCUACAGGUGAUACAGGUUGGGAUGUGUUCAGCCUCGACUAUCAUGUGGAUGGUCCAAUCAGAACGGUGUUCACACCAGAGUGUAUGAUCAUGUAUCUGCGAGUGUUCAACUUCCUGUGGAGGUCAAAGAGGAUGGAAUAUAUCCUAGCCAAUAUAUGGAGAAAUCAGAUGGCCAGUGCAAAGAUGCUUCAGUGUAUUCCAGAGUUAUCCAGCAUCCUUCACCAGUGUCACAUGCUCACCAGUGAGAUGGUUCACUUCGUCCAGCAAGUUCAGUACUAUAUCAACUUCGAAGUGCUAGAGUGCUCGUGGGACGAACUGCUCACCAAAGUCGGUGAAGCAGAGGACCUUGACUACAUUAUCGCCGCUCACCAGGUGUUUCUAGAUACCAUCAUCUCUAGGUGUCUUCUUGAUGAACAAUCAAAGAAUAUACUGACCCAGUUGAGAACCAUCUUUGAUCUGAUCAUCGAUUUCCAGACAGCAUUGGGAGCAUUCUUCACAGAGGCCUCCGAGGAACAGAUGGCUCGACAACAUUUCGACAAACAGCAGGCGAAACGUUCAAAAGAGGGAGACUGGGGAUUGACAGAAGAAGAGGAGGCAGAGGAGCAACAUCGCAGGAUGGCAUUCCUCAAGAAAAUCAUCCCUAACACAAGAGCUCAGUUUAAAGUGUUAUCUCAGAGCUACCAGGAUAUGGUACAGCAGUUCCUGGUGAUGCUAACGACCCACCAGGAUGUUAGUCUGCGCUUUCCUCAGCUUCAGACUGGACUUCAACGAACACUACAAGACCAAGGCUCCACAGCUUCAGAGUCCCUUAAUGUACAGAGGGACUCGGGCCGUCACGUGAUUGUACAGAGGGACUCGGGCCGUCACGUGAUUCCCAUAUCUUAUGAAGACUGUUAAAUUACAGAGGGACUAGGAACUGUCACGUGAUUCCCAUAACUUAUGAAAUCUGUUAAAGUUCAGAGGAACUAGGGCCGUCAAGUGAUUCCAUAACUUAUGAAGUCUGUUAACAGAAAAUUGGUGCAGUUACUAAAUUAAUCCUAUAAAACAAUUUCCAUAAUUUACAGACUGGUCACAACAGUCCCAGACAAAAGAAUGUGUUUUUGUACUGAACCUCCUCUAGGUCAACCAUUCAAUCCUCAAACUUUUCAAAUUCGACUUGCAAAAGUCAUGGGAUAGUUCUCCUGUAUAACACUAGUGUUAAGGCUUCAAACUUGUCUGUAAUGGAAGCAUUUGAUUAGCUUUAUUCAAAAUUGCCUUCAAGUAUAUAGAACCCAUUACAUCCUACCGGUAUAGCCAGGAUUAGUUUACUUUCAAUCUUUAACCAAGUUGUUUUGUGUAUUAAGAUCUCUCGAGUUUUGACAACAGUAAAAUCUGAUUAGAGCCAAGCUUUACAAUUUCACUAGCUAUUUGGGAACUUUUUUUACCAGGUAUCACUAUAUACAUUAAAAUAUCACUGUCAUGGUUGAAUUUUUCCGUCUUUGAAACGAUUAAUCUGUUUUGUAAUAUUUGUUUUCAUCAUUAUUAUCUUUAAGGAUAUAAUGAUACCUAAAAAAUAACUAAUAAGGAAAUUAUUGUCUGUUUACUGCAGUCUGAACAAAAAUUCUUCUUACUUUAAUAAUAACUUUGAUAAAUCAACAGCAUUUACCGUAUUUAUUCUAAUGAACGUCCCCACCCUAAUAAACGCCCC